UCCGAGUCGUGUGUAUACAUGAUGGGGUCUCUUUCUCUUUCUUGUUCAUGCAACAUGAAAAUUCCUUCAAAAGAGGAGAUGUUUUCUCCUUGUUUCAAGCCAUUAUCCCUCCAUCCCUACACCGCGAGAGAUGCAGAUUGCAGAGGAGAUAAACUGGGAAAACUUCGAUUGGGGUCUUCUCGUUUCUCUCUCGUUGCCUCUUCGCCUAUCAAAGUUCCUUGUAAAACCUGCAAAAAGGAGAAAAUUGAAUGUGGUUCUUUGGAAAUCAACAAAUUCAAGACAAGUCGUUUACUGUGAAACAAUGUUUUGUGUAGGUGUUUGAUGAUUUGUCACAGAGAUGAAGGGAGAAGAUCACAUAAGGACUUUGUUUGGGAUUACGCUAACAGAUAAACCAACAUGGCAACAAUUUCUUAUUUGUUCUUCUGGAUUUUUCUUUGGAUAUCUUGUUAAUGGCAUUUGUGAGGAAUACGUAUAUAACAGGCUUAAAUUCAGCUAUGGAUGGUAUUUUACAUUCGUACAAGGCUUUGUAUACUUAACACUCAUAAGUUUACAAGGAUUCACCACAAAGCAAAUGGUGAAUCCAUGGAAAAUGUACGUUAAGCUUUCAGCUGUUCUUAUGGGUUCUCAUGGAUUAACAAAAGGAUCCUUGGCUUAUCUCAAUUAUCCCGCUCAACUAAUGUUCAAAUCAACCAAGGUUUUACCUGUUAUGAUGAUGGGAGCUUUCAUUCCUGGUUUGAGAAGAAAGUAUCCCCCACGUGAAUAUUUUUCUGCUGUUCUUCUUGUUGUUGGAUUGAUUCUCUUCACAUUAGCUGAUGCCAAUAGUUCUCCAAAUUUUAGUAUUUUUGGUGUUGUUAUGGUUUCUGGAGCCUUAGUCAUGGAUUCCUUUCUGGGUAAUUUGCAAGAAGCAAUUUUUACCAUUAAUCGUGAUACUACUCAGAUGGAAAUGCUAUUCUGCUCAACAGUUGUUGGAACACCUUUCUUGAUUCCACCAAUGGUUUUAACAGGAGAAUUAUUCAGAGCAUGGAAUUCAUGUUUUGAACAUCCUUAUGUAUAUGGGGUGUUGGUUUUUGAAGCUGUGGCUACAUUUGUAGGCCAAGUAUCCGUUCUAUCACUAAUUGCCAUUUUUGGAGCUGCAACCACUGCUUUGGUAACAACCGCAAGAAAGGCAGUAACUUUAUUGUUAUCUUAUAUAAUAUUUACAAAGCCCAUGUCAGAACAACACGCGAUGGGGUUAAUUUUAAUAGCCGCGGGUAUUAUGAUGAAAAUGUUGCCUGAUCACAAGAUUCCUCAAAAGCUUAGAAUACCGGAUGCGAUUGUAAAACAAGUAAAAUCUUAUCCUAGAGAUGAAAAGAAUGAAGAACAUGAUGAAGAAAAAAGGUCUUUGGUGUGAAAUGGUUAUUGAAAUUGGUGAUUUGUUGUUGUUGUUGUUGAGAUUGAAAGAAGGUUUUUGGUAGGGGUGUAAUGUUAGAUAUGUGAUGGUUUUGUUUUUGUUGAUUUGGAUGUUUAGUUAGAUUGUUUUGAAGUUUAAUUGGCGGGAUGUAUUGAUAUUUGGAAAUGGAUUUUCGAGAUAAUUAAGUCG